GGCUCUCUUCUGGCGAGCUCUCUCUCUCUCUCUCUUAAUAGGCUCUUUCCUCUUGGAAAUAAUUGGAAGCAAGCGUGCUAACUCCCAACCAAACGGACUUAUUUGUUUCUUUUACCAGUCUACCCCCACCCCACCCGCUUUUUUUUCUUCUUUGUGGCUCUCUGAAGUUUCUGGAGUGUCUGUUAGCUGGAAAUCAUGGGAAACUAAUGGCCUUUUUCAUGCGGGAGGCUAGCUGUGCACCCUGAAGGUGCAGGAUGAAAAGAUGGCGCAGCUGCUUGUACCGCCAGGACCAGACAGCUUCCGCCGCUUUAGUCGCGAUUCCCUCGCGGCCAUUGAGCAGCGGAUCGCCGAAGAGAACGCCAAAAAGCCAAAGGGAGAGAAGCGAAAGCGCAGCGACGAGGAUGAACCCAAGCCAAGUCGUGACUUGGAGGCGGGGAAGUCCGUCCCCCUGGUGUACGGGGAGGUCCCGAAAGGAAUGGUCUCCACACCGGUGGAAGAUCUGGAUCCCUUCUACAGUAAUCAGAAAACGUUCAUAGUUAUAAACAAAGGAAAUUUCAUCUUCCGGUUCAACGCGGCUCCAGCCUUGUACAUCCUGAGCCCCUUCAACCCCCUUAGAAGAAUAUCCAUAUGGAUUUUGGUCCACUCCUUGUUCAGCUUGGUGAUCAUGUGCACGAUCAUCACCAACUGUGUAUUUAUGACACUGAGUCGGCCACCUGACUGGGCAAAGAAUGUCGAAUACACAUUCACCGCAAUCUAUACAUUUGAAUCCCUCGUUAAAAUUUUAGCCCGAGGGUUCUGCAUAGGAAAGUUCACCUUUCUUAGAGAUCCAUGGAACUGGCUGGACUUCUCUGUCAUUGUCAUGGCGUAUGUCACCGAGUUUGUAAACCUUGGCAGUUUCUCAGCUCUUCGCACAUUCAGAGUGCUGAGAGCUUUAAAAGCUAUUUCUGUGAUUCCAGGAUUGAAGACCAUCGUCGGUGCACUGUUCCAGUCGGUCAAGAAGCUUUCUGAUGUGAUGAUCCUCACUGUCUUCUGCUUGAGCGUCUUUGCCCUCAUAGGGUUACAACUGUUCAUGGGCCAUUUAAAGCAAAAGUGUGUGUUCAUACCAGUACACAAUGCUUCCGCCAUUAAUGGCACCUACGUGAACGGAACAGACAACAGUACCCAGGCUUUCAACUGGACUGAGUACUCACUUGAUGAUCAAAACUACUAUUAUCUCCCAGGCAAACGGGAUCCAUUGCUUUGUGGAAACGGCAGUGAGGCUGGACAGUGUCCAGAAGGGUUUUCGUGCAUCAAAGUGGGAAAGAACCCCGACUAUGGUUACACCAGUUUUGACUCGUUUGGGUGGGCCUUCCUUUCCCUCUUUAGACUCAUGACUCAGGAUUAUUGGGAAAACCUCUAUCAGCAGACAUUACGGGCCUCUGGAAAGCCCUACAUGGUGUUCUUUGUGCUGGUCAUAUUCCUUGGCUCCUUCUACCUAAUUAACCUGAUCUUGGCUGUGGUUGCGAUGGCGUACGAGGAGCAGAGCCAGGCCACCAUUAAGGAGGCUCAGGAGAAGGAGGAGGAGUUUCAGGCCAUGCUGGAGCAACUCAAGCGACAGCAAGAAGACGCUCAGGCCACUGCAGUGGCGUCUGCAGAGCACGGUGAGGUCAGCGACCACGUCGGUGGCACGGAGAGCUCUUCAGAAACCUCCAAGCUGAGCUCCAAAAGUGCCAAAGAGCGAUGCAACAGGCGAAGGAAAAGAAAGGAUGAGGGCAAGGUCCCGCAGUCCGAGUCUCAGGAGAGUAUUAAGAAGGCCCGAUGUCGCUUCUCGGUGGAGCCCAAUGUGCUCAACUAUGACAUGAAGUGCUCGUCGGCCCACCAGUCCUUUCUGAGUAUUCACGGACCCCCAUUCUCAUCCAGACGGAACAGCAGGACCAGCGUUUUCAGUUUCCAAAGCCAAUCAAGAGAUGCCGGCUCAGAAAAUGAGUUUGCAGAUGAUGAGAACAGCCUUUUUGAGGACAACCGGAGUCGAAGAACCUCUUUGUUUUUUACCCGGGGGUGUGACCGCCAAGGCAGCAGUAUCAGCCAGUCCAGCUUGUUUCCACAUCAGCUGCUUUCACCCUGCAGGAUGAAACAGAGCACUGUAGACUGCAACGGAGUAGUGUCCAUAAUGGGUGUCGAUUCAAUCCCGUUAUCACCUAUGGGGCGCUUUCGUCCUAAACUGACACUAGAUAGGACCUCCAAUAGAGACAAAGCUGACACUACCGACACUGAUGGGGGAACAAACCAGGAAUGCACCGACUUUCCCGAGGACCCACGAGCCAGGGACAGAACUGUUAGCGUAGCCAGUGUCAUAACCAGCACAAUGGAAGAGCUCGAAGAAUCAAGACAAAAGUGUCCUCCCUGCUGGUACAGUUUCGCAAACACUUUCCUCAUCUGGGAGUGUUGUCCAAUCUGGCUGAAGAUCAAGAAGGUGGUCAAACUCAUUGUGAUGGAUCCAUUUACGGAUUUAACCAUCACCAUCUGCAUUGUACUCAAUACCUUAUUCAUGGCCAUGGAGCAUUACCCAAUGACUAAGGAUUUCUCCAGGACGCUAAGUGUGGGCAAUAUGGUAUUCACUAGCAUCUUCACAGCUGAAAUGGUCUUCAAACUCAUCGCUAUGGAUCCAUACUACUACUUUCAGGAAGGGUGGAACAUUUUUGAUGGAAUCAUUGUCAGUUUAAGCUUAAUGGAGCUCGGUUUGUCCAAUGUUGUUGGAAUGUCCGUCCUGAGAUCGUUCCGAUUGCUACGGGUCUUCAAGUUGGCCAAGUCGUGGCCGACUCUGAACACCCUGAUCAAAAUAAUCGGUAACUCUGUGGGGGCUUUGGGAAACCUGACGCUGGUGCUGGCCAUUAUCGUCUUCAUCUUUGCCGUAGUGGGCAUGCAACUGUUUGGGAAAAACUACAAGGAUUGUGUGUGUAAAAUCUCCAGCGACUGCACCCUGCCCCGCUGGCACAUGAGUGACUUUUUCCAUUCGUUCCUCAUUGUGUUCCGAGUGCUUUGUGGAGAGUGGAUAGAGACCAUGUGGGACUGCAUGGAGGUGGCUGGACCGACCAUGUGCAUCAUUGUCUAUAUGAUGGUCAUGGUGAUUGGAAACCUUGUGGUGCUCAACCUGUUCCUGGCCUUGCUGCUGAGUUCAUUCAGCGCAGACAACCUGGCUGCCACAGAGGACGACAGCGACACAAACAAUUUGCAGAUCGCCAUUGCACGGAUCCAUAAAGGCAUCGCCUUUGUCAAAUCCCUGCUUCAGAGCACCUGUAACAGCGUCUGCCUCAGGAGUAACGAGCAAAACCAGGGAGAGGACAAAUCAUCCCUGGAGGAUUUCCAUAAAGCUUCGGGACCCAACGGCAUCCCCAACCAUACCAUUAAAGAGCUACCAAGGAACGGAAAUGGGGAUGUGACAGGGGUGGACAAAAGUGGGGACAAGUACAUCGUCUGCAGCAAGACUGACGAUUCCAUCAUGUCUUUCAUCAACAACCCCAGUCUGACUCUCAAUGUUCCCAUCGCGGUGGGGGAGUCCGACUUUGAAAACCUCAACACGGAGGACUUCAGCAGUGUCUCAUCCGAUGCAGGGGGAUGCCGUGUGACCAUCAAUGACGAUGGCCAGCUCAGCACGUCCGAGGCCAGCACAGUGGACUUGGGGGAAAAAGAUGGAGACUCUCUCGACUAUGAAUUAGAGGAAUCCAUGGAACCGGACGCCUGCUUUCCCGACAGCUGUGUGCAGAGGUUCCAGUGUUGCCAGGUAAACGUUGAGGUGGGCAGGUGGAAAAUAUGGUGGACUAUCAGAAAGACCUGUUUCCGAAUCGUGGAGCACAACUGGUUCGAGAGCUUCAUCAUUUUCAUGAUCCUGCUAAGCAGCGGCGCCUUGGCGUUUGAGGAUGUCUACAUUGAGACCAGGAAGACCAUCAAAGCAAUGUUGGAGUACGCGGACAAAAUGUUCACCUACAUUUUCAUCUUGGAGAUGUUACUCAAGUGGGUGGCCUAUGGCUACGCCAAGUAUUUCACAAAUGCCUGGUGUUGGCUUGACUUCCUCAUUGUGGCUGUUUCGCUUGUCAGUUUAGUGGCCAACGCGAUGGGAUUUGCCGAACUUGGGGCCAUCAAGUCUCUGAGAACCCUGAGAGCUCUGAGGCCCUUGAGAGCCCUUUCGAGAUUCGAGGGGAUGAGGGUGGUUGUCAACGCACUUCUUGGGGCAAUUCCUUCCAUCUUCAAUGUCCUGUUGGUGUGCCUCAUCUUCUGGCUCAUUUUCAGUAUCAUGGGCGUGAACUUAUUUGCGGGAAAGUACUACCGCUGUGUCAACAGAACCACAGACGAACCCUUCCUGCCCACUAAAGUGAAGAACAUGACGCAGUGUUUGGCCUUGGGGAAAGAUGUUGCUCGCUGGAAGAAUAUUAAAAUCAACUUUGACAAUGUUGGACUGGGUUACCUCGCACUGCUACAAGUGGCUACGUUUAAGGGAUGGAUGGACAUCAUGUAUGCUGCAGUCGACUCCGCAAGCAAGCCUGGAGAACAGCCGGCAUAUGAGAUCAACUUGAAGAUGUAUCUGUAUUUUGUGGUUUUCAUCAUAUUCGGUGCCUUCUUCACACUCAAUCUCUUCAUUGGUGUCAUAAUUGACAAUUUCAAUCAGCAAAAGCGAAAGUUUGGAGGCCAAGACAUCUUCAUGACUGAAGAACAGAAGAAAUACUACAAUGCCAUGAAAAAGCUGGGCUCAAAGAAACCACAAAAACCGAUUCCCAGACCAUCGAACAAGAUUCAAGCUUAUAUAUUUGACAUCACCACCAAACAAGCAUUCGAUGUUGUGAUCAUGGUUCUGAUAUGGCUGAACAUGGUUGCCAUGAUGGUGGAAACCGAUGACCAGUCAGAUAAAAAGAAAGAAAUUCUCAGCUGGAUCAACGGCGUGUUCAUUUGCGUCUUCACGGGCGAGUGUUUGUUGAAGAUGAUCGCACUGCGCCAGUACUUUUUCACCAACGGUUGGAAUGUGUUUGAUUUCAUCGUCGUCGUUCUCUCAAUUAUUGGUAUGUCUCUCUCUGAGCUGAUUGAGAAAUAUUUUGUGUCGCCCACGUUGUUCCGAGUCAUCCGACUGGCUCGAAUCGGACGAGUCCUCCGCCUUAUUAAAAGUGCCAAAGGAAUCCGCACCCUUUUGUUUGCCUUGAUGAUGUCACUUCCUGCCUUGUUCAACAUUGGUCUCUUGCUCUUUUUGGUGAUGUUUAUCUACGCCAUCUUUGGCAUGUCAAACUUUGCUUACGUGAAGAAAGAAUCCGGCAUCGAUGACCUUUUCAAUUUCGAGACGUUUGGCAACAGCAUGAUCUGCCUGUUUCAGAUCACCACCUCGGCCGGGUGGGACGGCCUACUGGCUCCCAUUCUCAACAAAUACGAAGACGACUGCGACAGCACCGCCGAGCAUCCCGGCAGCGCUGUCAAAGGAGACUGUGGAUCUCCUUCCGUUGGCAUCGCCUUCUUUGUAAGCUACAUCAUCAUCUGCUUCCUUAUCGUGAUCAACAUGUACAUUGCCGUCAUCCUGGAAAACUUUGGCGUAGCCACCGAGGAAAGCGCCGACCCCCUGAGCGAGGAUGAUUUUGAAGUGUUUUACGAGGUUUGGGAAAAGUUUGAUCCGAGCGCAACCCAGUUUAUGGAGUACAACAAAUUGUCCGAGUUCGCCGAUGCCUUGGACCCGCCGCUGCGCAUUGCCAAGCCAAACAAGAUCGAACUCAUCUCGAUGGAUCUUCCCAUGGUGAGUGGCGAACGCAUCCACUGCCUGGAUAUCCUCUUCGCGUUCACUAAACGGGUUCUGGGCGAGGGCGGGGAGAUGGACAUACUCAGGGCGCAAAUGGAAGAGAGAUUCAUGGCCUCCAAUCCUUCCAAAAUGUCAUACGAGCCCAUCACGACCACCCUUCGCCGCAGACAGGAGGACUCGUCGGCCGUGAUCAUCCAGAGAGCUUUCAGAGAGUAUUUGCGGAGACGCGCUGCCGACAAAACCUUCGCGGAAGCCAAAGACAACGUUCCCAAGGACGAAAAGCCAGUUGACAAAGAAGAUCCUGUCGCGGACAAACUCAAUGACGUCUCUGGCUCAGACAUUAAGGAGCCUUCAACCUAUCACACGUCGGAAAAUGACAAAGCCGAACUGGAUGACAAAGACGGCACGCAGCAUGAUUCGUAAAGAAAUGUUGGGAGAUGCUUCAACGACGUGACCAAAUGUUUACAAGCGGCAUCGGACUCCUUUUCUCAUCGUCUGGAUAUCAAUGCCAAACUGACUUUUUCAGCUCAUGAGCCUCAAGGUUGGUGCCUAAAAGGGAAAAGUGGCUCAUUCGGGCAGCAGUGAAACCGUUUUCUAGGAACAAGACUGUUGGAAGAGGAUGGGCAGCAUUUCUCAAGCGUUUGAAAAGACAUUUUCACAGUCGUUCAUGCUCUACUUUCCAUUGCAGCGAGUUCUGCUCUAUACAGUGUCUUGGACUAUUACUAUAUCACUGACUGGUGUAUUGUUUUGCCGACUUAUUUUAAAAGCGUUACCGUGACGUCGUUUCUUUUUUUUAAUCCAUCGAUUGCCUUUUUUCUUAACCUUUUUUUUUUUUUACUUUUCAAAUGUGUGGUUCGUUCAGGAGGAAUAUAAUUGCUUUCACGCUAGCUCUGUCUCGAAUACUUGAAAAAUCCAAAACGGAAAAUGUCAGAACUGCUGCAGCCAUUGUGCAUUGACAUGAAUGGAUGCCCCCGAAUAAAUGCAUGCAAGAGCAUUGGAUGGGGAGCAUAUUUUCAUCAGCCGCUUGCUUCGUGACGCCAAGCAAAUAAUCAUGACAUGGCUAUUUUGUGAAAUACAGCGCAACAUCUAAAGCUGACGCUCCAUUCUGCCACUUUGGUUGACUUCCAAGUCAACAAUUUUCCAUGCCGUUUCAUAGACGGUGAACAGCCAUGGUUGCAAAAACUGUAUGAAGUGUACAGGUGACUUAAAAAAAAAACAUUUGUGAUAGCACCUUAAACGGAACUACAUACUAAACCGUUUAAUUUAGCACUUGCAAUUUUUAAUUCCAAGUUGAAUGACUUGACAGGUUGUCAACUUUGGAUGUUCUGCUCAAUCUGCCAUGUUCACUCAUUCACUCCCAAAGACGUUUUUAAACGUCUUUUCAGACUUGGUCCAGAAUUGGCUGGUACCGAAUGAGUUAACAGAAACACCAACUCAAGGCAGCCAUUCCCAACAAUUAACACGUUUUACACUUGAAAAAUCUCCCAUCAAACUCCCCCCCCCCCCCCAAAAAAAAACAGCCUUCUGCCUUUCCGUGGAAGAGCAUUUCAUUUGUCAAGAAAUAAUUAAGUAAAAAUCAGCCCAACUAAGUGUAAUUAGAUCAUUUCAGUAGUACAGCUGAUGAUUUCAUUGGUUGGGAAUCGCUGCCUUGGGUUAGUGUUAAAAACAAGCCCGUCGCGUCGACCUGUCAAGUGGUACGUCAGUCGCACUUGCGCGGGCGGCCAUACUGUACUUUGCACAUUCAGUUUUGUUGCAUCAUCAUUGCGCUUAUCUCAGGUCACUUGCGUGUUUUCCGGUCUACAAUUUUCCAUAAUGCUGAUUACGUGGAACCUGUAUCAUGAUAUUACUAAAUAUAGACUCCUGGCCGACUGAUUAUCAGUUAUAUUGUCUCAGUUGGGCGUCGUCGUCACUCGCCGGUACUCAAAACCGUUAUGAGACACGAAUGUCUCGGACAGGUCCUCCUUUCAUGUUGCGGCGCUUGUUUUCAGUUGGAACUAAUAAUCAACGACCGUAUUAUUUAAUGGCUACAAAGUUGUGGAUGCUGCAUAUUGGUUCCUUAGGACAUGAAAUCUAAAUAUUUGAUUUGAUUGAGGUAGUCUGAGAUUCGAACAGCCAGCAGAAGCUGUGUGUAACAAACGCUCGGGUCGUUUUAAGGUCACUUCUUUUUCAAAGACAUCUUAGCUAAUUACAGCUGCUUAGUUAUUUGUUUUGUCUUUUCCGUUCCAUUCAAGCGCGUGUCAUCAAUGUUUGUGUCUGACGUUUCAAUAGAUUUUAGUUUUACCUUACAAUAUUUAUCAGGAUGAACAUCAAAAUUUGAUUUCUGCAGGAUUUUUUUUAUUUUUAUGGGUACAAUUGUACGUGGGCAAGUUGUCACAAAUUCACCGUGACCUUACUCUUUCCGACUUGUGUUUACAUUUUACUGUGACAUUUUUGUCAUCGGGUUGAUUAUUCCAUAUAGCAAAAUACAUCUACUGUUCCGUGUUACGAGACAUCAUUACGUGAAUGUGAAUAUGUUUUGCAUGUCAUUCAAACAAGUCAAUACAUACGUUGUUUUGAUCAUGACGACAAAAGCAUUUGAUUACGCAGACUCAAAUAUCUCCCAUCAUUAAUAUGCAUAAUGCUUGUAGUGUAUAAAUUAUACUGCAUGCUAAACACUGCUAUAACCCAUUUCAGUGAAAGCCAAAAGAAUAAAGACGACAUGUACCCCGA